UAUGGUUUCUAUUUCCGUUGCACAAUUUCCAACGUAGCUCUUUGAAAUGCACCAGUCACAAUGCCAAGUGGCUGUCGUGUUGUCUACGUCGUAUUUUAAUGAACAAUUGAGCAACAUAACACCUGCUCUUUGCAUUUCUGUGAAGUCGGAGUCGUUUCCCUACAGAUGAGUCAUUUCUCAAGGAGACCAGACAGAGAAGCCGGAUAGGGGAGUGAUUUCACUUCACAUCACACAGGACUCCUGCUGCAACACGAGACCACCAAGCCCCGAGAGCCCAUCGUCGUCAUGUCGGUACCGCCGGCACGCGAGACAGCAUCCCCCCUUCAAUUAUGCAGGUAGGACGUUUGAUACUACACAAUGACACACGUGCGAGCAACCUUCAAAUGCUAAUAACGUGCUGUCGACCGACAACUAGCGAGAGGAGCGCAGCUACCGGCGUCGCUGCGUCGCUCCUCACGGGAUGAUAGCCCAGAUAAUCCUCUUAUUGUCCGGUUCUAUUACUCGGUACACUAGGCUACUGUGUUCUGCCGGAGGUCGACGGCGUCCUAUCUUAGCUGGUUUAUGACAGAUCAAACGGCGUGUUUUCAGGUUGCUUAGCUUGUGGGUUUUCCGGGUAGAGGUGCAGACCAUUUAUGUCGUAUGUGAUGACCUCACAUAGCAGUUAGCAUCGUUUUGGCACGCGCUAAAACUACCAAGGACAUAUUAAGGUCGCCGUCUUUUAACCAAAAGUCAAAUAAAAGUUUGAUUCUAUAGCGUAGGCUUGAGCAAAAUUGCUCACUGUAAAUAGUUUGUCUGGAGUGUGGCGUGAAAUCGCGUGCCUGAUUGAUUAUUUAUCAAGAUAAUAAACAGGAAGUACACUACAAACAAACUGUCGGCUGUGCGUAAAUACAGCGGUAAGGACUGCUACCUAUUAAAAUACCUUUGCAGUGAAUCGGCUUCAUUUCCCAGCAGCAUGCAGAGUUUGUUGUAGUCCACUUGUACUCGCCUGUAGGCGGAGCCUUAGAGCUCUGUCACAGUACCAAAGCCAUGUCUGCACUUAGCUGCUUCAAAAAUCCCCGUCAAUUCAGGUGUAAAUAACUCUUCAAUGACAGUUUUCGUGUUGUCAUAGUCUGUCUUGUCAGUUGCAUUCAUUGAAAGCCUCGUUUAUGUAGCUACUAUGCCACAUGUUGACACAGUCAAUCAACUGCUUUGUAUUUUCAAGAGAAGAGGAACUUAUGACACCAUCACUCCAUGCAGUGGUUUGGUGGUUGUGAAAGCAGAGUCUUCAGCCGAUACUAUUACACAUAGAUUCUACUGUUGAGUCAGUUAUCAUAUUUUGCACAGUUUUCUGAACAUAUUAGACUGUUCAACCCAAAUAAAAGAAUCCCUACACUUGCCACAAUAACCUUUACCUUCUGUUCAGACAGUUUGGACAGUUACAUGCCGGCCUGUAUGCAAAUAUAACCUGUUAGUCAGCUAGUUUGGACAAACACGCUUUUGUCAGACUGCGGCAAUUCCCCUGACUCACAAUUCAUUGUGUUUCGUCGCAGCAAUGCUGAUUCUAUACUUGUCUGAUGUCAAAAUGUUAAAGGGUGGGCCUUACUUCUAUUUUUUCCACUGUCGAUGGAACGAGUUACAAUGCAGAAAAAAAACAUUACAACAUUAGCCUCGCAAAAUAGGUAGCCAUUUUUUUAACAGUGUUAAAAUCUCUUGAAAAACGUAUACCUGGACAUUUGUGUGCAAGUCGAAAUCAUUUGGGGCCAGGUCAUUGCUCUGUUGAGACACUUUCUUCACUACAACUCUCUGUGGUAAAAUGCCUCUACCUCUCCAGGAAAAACAAGUCCAUCCUGUCUUCUCUUUUUAAGAGGAACUUCACGUUGACAGAGUCAAAUGUGCUUUGACUUCUUCUUCUGUUGUCAUAUCAGCUCUUCCUGGGCUGCAAACUUGAAUGUUGUCCCUCAAAUCUACCUCUCUCUAUAUGUAUUUUUCAUUGGGUGUGAUAAACCGUACAGGCUCACUGAACUAUACAUAGACAUAAUGGAUCAUCUGAUUCAUCAUCACUAGUCUUACAGUACAUUUGGAAACAUUUGGACCUAACCUUAUCUUUGAUUUACUAGUACUAGACUAAAAGGUUCUUGACCGUGACCUGGCCUCUUCCUUGUUUACUAUAGUUGCUACUUAACUCUUUUCUGCUCACAUUGGAUCACUGGAAUAUGGCUGGGGCCGUGACACUGCCACUAGCUUACUGUCGCUUGCUUACUAAUGUGGUAGUUUAGGUUUAAACUUAUGCUCCUAUUGCUUGCAAGUUGCUUUGCAUGAGAGCAUCAGCUAAACGUUUUUCCUCAGGCCAUUUUAAGUUUGUGUAUAAUACAGUCAUUGUGUCAUUGAGUGUUUGACGAAUACCUGUCUUACCUGGUGAUGUAAGAUUGCCUGGCUUCAAUGCAGUGUGAUCCUGUAAAUGAUGCAGAACCCCCGUCCACCCAAGUCACAUCUUUUUGCUUUGCUGUGUUCUUGCCGAUGGGACUUGGGACAGAAAUGAUGCCAAGAUACGCUUUUCUGAAGCUGUUUUGCAGUGUUCGCCACUAUUCUACUCGCCACAGGUAAACGUUAGGUGUUCUGUGUUUGCCUCAGCAAGCAGUGAGAAGAUUUUGAUUUUAUUCAUGCACUUGUGCAUGGCAGCAGUAGUAUGCCAUUCACUUGUUUGUAAACUUUAUUUGAAUGGUGUAGCUUGUCCAUUCAAAUAAAGUUUUCUACAUUUCUACAUCAUUCGUAGAAUACAUGUGAGAAAUACAGACACAAUUUGGGUGUACUGUUACAAUUUCAAAACCAAUAUGUAUAGGUAUACCUGUAUAGAGGAUCUGUAUGUUCUAGAUAUGUAAUAUUCAUAUACAUUUACGCUGCUUUAUCUACCCAGACAAGACCUCAUACCUCAGUGAUGGAUUAUUUUUAGGUUGUACAUUACAUACAAUAUUAGGAAUUGUUGACACAGGGCUCCUGUGAGAUUCAACAUCGUUACUGUAAAGGGUUAUUGUGUUCCACUGUAUGUAAUAGAAGUGAUCACCAUUCUGAAAGGGACUGUAUAUGUGAACAAGAUUAAAGGGCAGAGGGACUUCUAGACUAGUAAGCUUUCAAUCCUGGCAGAGACUUUCACCUUUAAAUCAGUUCACCGUUCAGCGGCACGGUUUGUUCUUUCCGUUCAUGUUCUUUAAAAGCAUUAUCAGUGGCUUUAGGUGUGGCUGUGUCUGUGCCCCUGUUAGCUUGUUUGUUUGUCUUCAAGUGGGACAUUUCUAAAACCUAUAACUAGAUUUACAUUGAGGACAGGUCUUGUUGCACUUAACUAAAAAACAUUUUUGAUUGUGAUCUUGGUCCAGUACUGCUGUUCUAAUUCAGGAUUUCCGAGCUAUUGUUAAAGAAGAAUCUGAGACGGGUUUUCAUUAAUUUAGCAGUUGGGCAACACAGUUACUAAAGAAAACUUACAUUCCAACGAAACGGAAACACAUUUUAAAUUCUUAUCAUGGGCAGAACAUUUAUGACUCCGCCUGUCAGCUGUGGCACACAAACCCAGGUGUGAUAAUGGCAGAUUUUCUUGGUCAUCCGUGAUCUAUCUGUGUAUCAGUGGGUGUGUCCAGAUCCAGUUUGACCACUAAGGCGGGGUCAAUGUUAACACAUGCAUUGACAUCACUCGCCACAACCACGUCAGUGCCUGGAAUCUCUGAGGAUGUGAAUGUAGAGAUCGUAAAAAAGGGAAGUGGGCCAGAGAGUCGGACUGAGAGUCUGGCAGUGCACAGAUGCGCUGCUUUAGGCCUUGGAGCGGCAAUGCAGCCGAUGGAGUGGCAGCCAUGGUACAGAAAUGCCAAGCCAGUCAAAGUCAGCAAGUCCGCAGAGAUGUCAGGGAAGGUGUGGAGGCAGGAGCUCAGCAGCAUUGUCAACUCAGCAGGAUCAUGCGGCCGGACGACGCCAACAUUGUGGGCAACGUUCACGGCGGCAUUAUCCUCAAGAUGAUCGAGGAAGCCGGAUGCAUCGUCGGCACGCGACACUGCAACGCACAGAGCGGGGACCGCUGCAUGGCAGCUCUGGUUCGGGUGGAGAAAACGGAGUUCCUGUUCCCCAUGUUUAUUGGCGAGGUUGCCCACGUCACCGCUGAGAUCACUUACACCUCUAAGCACUCACUGGAGGUGCAGGUCAAAGUCAUAGCUGAAAACAUAAUGACAGGUGCCAAAAAGUUGGCCAACAAGGCAGCGCUGUGGUACGUCCCCUGCUCGCUGCUGAAUGUCAACAAGGUCAUGGAUGUGCCGCCCAUCAAGUAUACCAGUGAAGAACAAGAGGAGCAGGGCAGAAACCGCUACGACUCUCAGAAGCUGGAGCGAGUGGAGACCAAAGCGAGGACUGAAGAGGUGGUACCACUUCCACCCAACCCAGAGGAUCCAGCAAAGGAACAACACACUGUUGGCUUCAGCCAGUCCAGUCUGAUCCAUUUGGUGGGCCCCUCUGACUGCACGCUGCACCACUACGUUCAUGGCGGUGUGACCAUGAAGCUGAUGGAUGAGGUCGCCGGCAUUGUGGCAGCUCGGCACUGCAGCACCAACAUUGUCACUGCCUCUGUGGAUGCCAUCAACUUCCAUCGCAAGAUCAACAAAGGCUGUGUGGUGACGGUGACGGGGCGGCUCACAUUCGUCAGUAACAAGUCUAUGGAAAUUGAAGUGUUGGUCGACGCUUCCUCGCUGGUGGAGGCAGAUAAAUAUCGUGCUGUCUCUGCCUUCUUCACCUUCAUCUCCCUGGACAAGGACAAUAAACCUCUGUCUGUCCCUCCUCUUAAGAUUGACGGAGAGGAGGAGCAGAGACGUUUCGAUGAAGGCAAUGCACGUUACCUCCAGAAUAAAGCAAAAAGACUCGCAGAUAAGCAGCGCCAGCAGUGACGCCGCUGCUCACCAGAGUAAAAGCGUCUGCAGCAACAGUAUCAACCCCACACAGCACAUACAGUAUGAAGGACAUAAAAAACCCCUCCCCUGUUCUGUAACUGUAGAACCCUGUUAAACCCAAACCUGUGAUGAUUUUUUUCCUGUGCUAUGCACCAAAAUGUCCACAUAUGGCUGUAUAUGUAUUUAAGAUUGCAUCUUUUAUUUCGGGAAUAUUUUGAAUGAUGUAUAAAGACUAUUCAUGAUCCAAAGUGACAGUCUGACUGUAAAAGUAAGAUAAUUUUAUUUUAGGAAGAAUUGUAAGUAUAAAGACUUCAUGUUUGGUGUCAGUGCAAAGCGAUAGUCUGAGUGCAAAUGAUGAAUAAGUGAGUGAAUAAUGAUGAAUAAAAGAUCCAAGCGUGA